ACCGCAGCUUCCGCUCGUGCACGAAACGAGUGACAUCACCACCCGCAUAUCGCCGCCUUGUUAUUGCUCACACUGCGCGGUGUGCGCGUCGCCUCCCUUUCCUCGGGCACGAGUACGUCUAACCGUCUCGCAGCAAGCUGAGCAGCCGUGCGUGUCCGCAGUGAACGUAGCGUCAGGUGGGAGGGGCAGAGAGGGAAAAAGCGCGUGCCACAGGUCCUGUGACGUAGUUGUGGCGCGUGACGGGCAAGCCCGAGAAAGCAGGAGCAGCAGCAUCAGCAGCAAGAAAGCGGCGCGCGAGAAAAGGGGGGGAGGGGCGAAUUGAAGAAGAAGAAGAACACCCGACGGGUCACCGAGCGGAUAGCCGUACACCCAGCGGGCAGUUCGCAGUGCUCCCUGUCAGCCCGCCUCCUGUCACCCUCCCCUGUGGCGUGUGUGGGCGUCUCCGGGUUGUAGCGUGUCCCGGAUAUUGUACAGGGGGCCCUCAGCCACCUCCUCCUCACCUCCCCUCUCCGCCCAGCUCACCCGAACACCCGCCCGGCACCGGCAGCACUAGACACAGCAUCAUGGCGCUGAAACGGAUUCACAAGGUGAGCGGCGCCGCGCUAUGACAGGCCGGGCUCUCAGUCAGGCAGGGACCCCCCCCAUACACCGCCAGCACUGUGUGUCCCCCCGGGGGUCCGUCUCCCACACUGAGCCGCUACACCGGGGGGAGGGGGAAUCACCGCCCGGCUCGCCUCCCAGGCAGCUCGAUCCGCCGGUGACAGGCGGCUGGCGGUGGGUAGGCCCGGGCUGGGUGCGGGCGGCUGGCAGUGUGUGUGGGCUGAGCUGCUCGCCCUGCCCGCUCCCGCAGUGUAAGAUGGCGGCCGUGUGUAUGCGAGCAGCUCACAGACCGGGCCCAGCCUGCAUCCUGUGUGCUCGGCCUGAGUCACCGCUCGGACACACGGAGUGUCAGCCAUGGCCGGCCCUCACAGCCUGCCUCCCCUUUGUGUACUGACAGCUUGUCCCUAACAUGGCCAAUGGCCAGCUCCACUGCCGGGCUGUAUCGAAUAAUGGGCCCGGGGCUAGUAACAUGCUCUCUGUCACAGCGACCAGGGUCUGCCUCGACUGAUAGCAGGCAAGGCCUGUGCCCUCCAUGGCUGACUGGCACCUCCCGGCACCCUUUGUGCUGUAUAGACUUGUGAUCGUAGAAUUACUUGCACUAUGCAUGUCUGAGAGCACCAUUACUUAAGAAUUUGCUGUAUUUAUAUAAUUAGAUGGCCACUUUAAACAUUGCUAAAAACCUGUUCACCGUGUGUUUGUAAGUGACGACAUCUUCUGUAAUGCCAAUACCACCCAUUACCUGAAUGUAUUGAAAGGAAAUACUAGUAGGAUCAGUGUAUCUGCAUAUAUUGAGUUGAGUCCAAUGAAUGGUUCAAACAAAGGAGGUAAUCUUAUAGUGUGUUGGUAUUUCAGAGUGAAAAAAUACUGAUUAAUAACAUUACUUAUGUAGUGUCAAGUUUUCUUUCCCCAAAGUAUUUGGAAAAACUAGGUUUUUUUUGUUUUUGUUUUUUUGUUUUUUUUUAACAUGGGCUGGGAUUAGCUCAGGAGUGUGCCCAGUUAUAAAAAAAUAAAUAAAAUUUUUUUAAUUUACUUUGAAACUGUUCACACCAUAUGAUUUAUUUCCAAAACAAUGAAUUGCAAAUGUAAAACCAUAUUUCAAUGUAGAUCAUACAAAACACCUAACAUUGCUGAGGUGCUCUGUGUUAAUGGUUUCUCCUAUUUUAUAAAGGUGAUGUUUUUCAAAAUGAGUUGGUACUUUCAUGAAUCUCUCUAGUUACACUUUACUCACUGUCAAGACAGGGGAUAUAUAUAUAUAUAUAUAUAUAUAUAUAUAUAUUUCGCAGAGCAUGAUGACUACUGUGUAUGUAUGCUGUAGGAACACCAUACUUACCUGAGAAGCUUUGGAUUGGCCUAGGACAGGGGUAGACAACCUUCGGCACCCCAGAUGUUGUGGACUACAUCUCCCUUUAUGCUUUGCAAGCACUGUCUGUAAGCGUGUUAUGGGAGAUGUAGUACAUAUUUGGCGUUCCAAAGGUUGCCUACCCCUGGCUUAGGACAUCGUUUCUAGUGAUGAUCUCCCAGGAGUUGUGUUGUAGCAAGAAGUCUUACUGCUGAAGGUAAGGACUUUAAAUUUUAUAAUUCUGGAAGAAGGGCACAAAGUUUAAAUUAAAGGAGCACUAUAGUGCAGGAAUACCAAUGUGUAUUAAUGACACUAGUGUUAAACAUUUUAUGUUCACAGUCCCCAUUCGCCCUUUAAAAAAAAGAAAAAGGUAUUAAACUUCCCUUUAUUCUAUCGUAGGAGGGGCUCAUCGACACUGACCCCGCACAACCUCCUUGGCUGAGAUCAUCAGAAUUGACAAUCUCACCCAAUCCAAUAUUUUAUUUUAUUUUCUCCAUAUUGAAGCAAUUAGGAGGCUAUUGCACACGUGCAGCAAAAUGCUGCGAUAAUCGGCAUCUCAUCAUAGAGAUGCAUUGAAUGCAUGGUGACUCUUUAAGUCAAUGUUACACAUUUAGAGGUGUCACUAGGCAGUAAUGUAAACACUGCAAUUUCUCUGAAAAGUCUGCCAGGCUAUACUAUACAGCCCAGAACAACUACAUUAAGCUGUAGUUCUGGUGACUAUAAUGCUUUUAAAUUAGGAACGCCCCCAAAGUUAAAAUUGUUUUUUGUUUGUUUAAUGCUAAAGUAAAAAGCUAUGACAGCACAGUGUGUGUUUUAACAAUACACCAGCAUAUAGAAAACUGCAUAGUUUAGGCUUAGUUAUUCUGUGAUUACCACUGGUGGUUAUGAUGGACACUGGUGGUAAUAUAAAAAUCCACAGAACUAUUUUGUUUUCCUGGUUGGAGCAAAAUCUACUUUUGCUGUUAUAUGUGGAAUAUAUAGUAAGCUGACCACUUCCUUGAUGAAUUUUUAAUACGGUAUUAGAGGAGGUAAACUUUAAAAGUAACUGUGCAGGAGGUACCUGUUUACUGAUUCAAGUUUUCCUGUCUGUUAUUACUGUAGUUUUAACUUUGAUAAUGUAACCUGUAUUUUUAUACGGUGCUUAAAGGGACACUCCAGGCACCCAGACCACUUCUGCCCAUUGGAGUGGUCUGGGUGCCAACUCCCACUAACCUUAACCCUGCAAGUGUAAUUAUUGCAGAUUUUUUUAUAAACUGCAAUAAUUACAUUGCCGGGUUAACUCCAUCUCUAGUGGCUGUCUACUAGACAGCCAAUAGAGGGCACUUCCUGGUUUCUAGCACACUGUCGCUGGACGUCCUCACGCUGUGUGAGUAUCUCCAGCGUCGCUCAUUUCCCCAUAGGAAAGCAUUGAAAUACAUUUACAAUGCUUUCCUAUGGGGAGUGCUAGUGCGCAUGCACGGCAUUGCCGCGCAUGCACAUUAGGUCUUCCCGGCCGGUGGGCGAGAUCAGUCUUGCCCAUCGGCCGACGCAAUGCGGAAGAGGAAGCAGCAACGUGGGACAUCGUCCCUGCUUCAGGUAAGUCACUUAAGGGGUUUUUACCCCUUCAGCAACCGGGGAUUGGGGGGUGGGAGGGAGAGGGGACCUGCAGUGCCAGGAAAACGGAUUGUUUUCCUGGCACUGGAGUUUCCCUUUAACCUUGUAAUGUGUUACUUCCUGGAAUAAGUACCAUCAGUGCCAUAAGAAUGAAAGGUGUAUUUUAGCAAUCAUGUGCCGUAGAGGACCUUGAAAUCAGCUAGUUGCACCGUCAAGGGACAGGUUCGGGUAAGUGAAAACUAUCUUCCUCUGCCUCACAUAGUGACUGCUCCACUUGUAUUCCAGUGACAAUCUGCGGUCUCUGCAAAUUAAACAACGACCCCAGAAGGUGACAGAGCUGCUUUAAUGUCAGCAGUUGAUGCCAUUAAAGUAACUCAUGCUAAUGUUGGGCUUCCCAGAGAGGUAUGAUUGCAAGAAUAUGACAUGGCUGUACACUUAUUCACUUAAGUUAUUCUACACAAAACCAAAGUUAUUUGUCUUAAUUGCAGUGUCAGUCACACAGUGGAUUAUGCUUUAAUACACUGUGUGAGCCACUAUAGAAUUUAAAAACAUCUGCCGGUCGAAAAAUGUAGAUCACAUAACUUACAUACUGUUUUAGUGCUUUUUUGAAUUUUUAUUUUUUUUAUUUUUAAGCCUCAUAAGACUGAAAGUUCUCUCCCUCUAAGGUUAUUUUCAGUUUAUCUGCAUAAUUUUCCCAUAAUGUAGUAAAACGAAUAGCGGCUGGUGUCUACUUUGUUUAUCCCUUUAAGGUUAAAAUAAACAUUCACCUGACUCUAGGGAGUGUGUAGGGUUGAAAAUGUAAAUAUCUGCCAAGGUUGCUUAUACUUUUAUUUUAUUUUUUUGCCUGUACAUAACACAAAGAUCUAGAUAAGUCCAGUUAAAGGGGAUUAUUUCAGAAAUACAGAUCAGCUAUUCAUUUUUGUCUCUGAAGAUUAACAUGUUACACAAAGUACCAUAACACUUUAGCACUGCCUACUCCAAGAGUGGCUUUAACUGCAGUGAAUUAUAAAGUCCCCUAGAGUUGUCAGUGAGCAAACCUGAAUUCAAUAUUUUGGACUAUCUAUAUCCAUUAUGUCAACGUAAUGCAUGUAAAUUUCAAAGAUUCGACUCGAUAGUCAGUGACCUUUGUCUUGUGUGCCAGUUAUUGGCAAAAUGUGGCAUUGGACAUAUCCUGCCAUUUCCAAUCAGCCAUUGGUCGUGAUGACUGAUGUGCUACAGGUAUAGUGGCUCUUGGCAGAGAUCUCUUUAGUUGCGUGCCGUAGAGUAAGUUGCAUCCCCAGCACACAUGACAUUGGUAGCCGAGAACUGCAUAAAUUACAUCUGUUGUCAGCGUGCACUGCACACUGGCCAGACAUAGAAAUCUUCCAUUUACAGACAGUGUGCAUGCACUCUGAGAUUGAAAAUUGGUCCAAUCUCUGAGCAGUCUGUGACUGGUGCACGUGAGUGAGUGAUGUCACGUUGGGGUGUGGACAAGUUGCACUGGGAGGCUCUCCCAAUUGAUGUAUUUUAUUUUUUUUCAAAUACCAGACAACACAAAAAAUGUAACUGACAUACAAGCGUCUCAUGGCCAGUAUCUCUACUCUGUAAGUUUUUAACAAUAUUAGAAUAUCAAAACUAAACCAGAAUGUAAUUAAAUACAAGUAUAUAUCUUAACCCACUGCCAUAUAUAUCUCUAUCACAAGCUGAAAUUCUGAAACAUUCAGUGCAUUAAAAAAAAAAAAAAAAAGUUGUCUCCUCUACCAAAUUUAAAAAAGGGGGGCUGAAAACUAAACAUUACAUGUCUUAAGGAUGGUGUUUAAUUUAUUUAAAUUAAGGUAGCAAAUUGUGUACCAGUUUUUACGUUGUGCACAAAUAUGAAUAGUCUUUCAGUUCCUAUAAUUUUACUUUCAUCGUAGAGGUGUCUACACACAUUUGUGGUAUCAAUUCCUAUUGUAGUCCAUGUGAUAACCUCAGACUUGAAGCUUUGUCCUCAUGGCUUCUUAUUUUUGGCUUUAUCUGCCUGAAGUUGUUUCACUGUUGAACUCUUGUGAAUAUGAAAGAGUAGGAAAUGGGGAUCAUUUGGAAGAAACACCAUAUUUCUCCAUUGACAAUGGACCUUUCUCUUACAUAGUUAUAGCUGAAAAGAGACUUGCGUCCAUCAAGUUCAGCCUUCCUCACAUUUGUUUUUUGCUGUUGAUCCAAAAGAAGGCCAAAAAAAAGUUUGAAGCACAAUUUUGCAACAAGCUAGGAAAAAAAUUCCUUCUUGACCCCAGAAUGGCAGUCAGAUUUAUCCUUGGAUCAAGCAGUUAUUACCCUACAUUGAAAGAUUAUAUACUUGAAUAUUCUAUUUUUGCAAGUAUGCAUCUAGUUGCUGUUUGAACAUAUGUAUGGACUCUGAUAAAACCACUUCUUAAGGCAGAGAAUUCCACAUCCUUAUUGUUCUUACAAUAAAAAAAACCUUUCAUUUGCCUUAGACGAAAUCUUCUUUCUUCCAGUCUAAACGCAUGACCUCGUGUCCUAUGUAAAGUCUGGUUUGUGAAUAGAUUUCCACACAGUGGUUUGUAUUGGCCCCAAAUAUAUUUGUAUAGUGUUAUCAUAUCCCCUCUUAGGUGACAUUUUUCGAAAUUAAAUAGGUUUUAAAUUUAACUUUCUUCAUAGCUAUGUUCUAUUCCUCUUAUUAAUUUUGUAGCCUGUCUCUGCACUUUUUCUAGUGCCAUAAUAUCCUUCUUUAGAACAGGUACCCAAAAUUGCACACCAUAUUCAAUAUGUGGUCUUACCAGUGAUUUAUAAAGAGGCAAAAUUAAAUUCUCAUCCCGAGAAUGAGUGCUAUUUUUCAUGCAUGACAAUAUUUUAGUGGCCUUAGCCACUACUGAUUGACAUUGCACAUUGUUGCAUUGUUUGUCUAUAACAAUUCCCAAGUCCUUUUCGUGUGUUGUUAUCCCUAAUUCGCUUACAUUAAGGGUAUACGUUGCUUGUGUAUUCUUUACGCUGAAGUGCAUAAUCUUGCAUUUUUCGACAUUAAAUUUCAUCUGCCAUUUAAGUGCCCCUUCCCCUAGUCUAUCUAAAUCCCUCUGCAGCAAAGUAAUAUCUUGCACACGUAUUUUAUUUUUAUUUUUUUAUUUUUGUGUCAUCUGCAAACACUGAAAUAUGACUUUCCAUAUUCCAAGAUCAUUUAUAAACAUGUUGAAUAGAGGGGGUCCCAGAACAGAACCCUGAGGGACACCACUUGCCACCUCUAUCCAGAUUGAAAAUUUAACAUUAAUGGCAACUCUUUGUAUUUUUAAGCCAAACAAGCAUUUUCAUCUAGACCGAUUAUCUUGAGUUUGAACACUAACCUAUUGUGUGGAACUGUAUCAAAUGCCUUGGCAAAAUCCAAAUAGAUCACAUCCACUGCAACACCCUGAUCUAUAGUUCUACUUCUUUGUAGAACGCAAUCAAGUUAGUUUGACAUGACCUGUGCUUCAUAAAACCAUCCUCAUUUUUGAUGGUAACCAUGUUCUUCUCAAGGAAUUCUUGAAUAUUAUCCCUUAAUAAUAACCUUUCAAAUAUUUUUCCAGCCACAGAAGUUAAGCUCACAGGUCUAUAAUUUUCAGGCAAGGAUUUUGAACCCUUAUUGAAUAUAGGAAGCACAUCUGCCUUCCUCCAAUCCUCUGGAACACUUCCUGAAAGAAAAGAAUCGUGAAAGAUUAAAAACAGAAGUUCACUUAUAUCUACACUUAGUUCCUUAAGUACUCGUGGAUGGAUACAGUCAGGUCCUGGAGCUUUGGUGUGUUUUUUGUUUUGUUUUUUUAUCGUCACCUGUUGCGCAAAAUGGCGCAUGUUCCUCUGUGGCAUCGCUUCUGACUGCUAAUGGAAAAUGGUGUCGUUGCAAUUCUGUCCUUUGCAACUUUUUGCCAAAGUUGGCUAUUUCAUAAGGCAUCAAUCCUUGCCUUGUUAUGCCAAAUAACUUUUUUUUUUUUUUUUGGGGUAGGGUUUCUAGCACUGCUACUUUAGUGUAACAUGUUACUGGUUUUCGGCAAUGGUAUGUUCAUGUUAUACACUGUUUUGGAUAAGAGUUAAAAAAAAAAAAAAAUGUGUAGACUAGCAUUUUGUAUUCUGAAUACGACAGAGAAUGGGACGGCAGAUAAGAACCAUUCGGCCCAUCUAGUCUGCCCAAUUUUUUUAAAAAAUGCUUUCAUUAGUCCCUGGCCUAUCUUAUAGUUAGGAUUGCCUUAUGCAUAUCCCACGCAUGCUUAAACUCUUUUACUGUGUAACCUCUACCGCUUUAGCUGGAAGCCUAUUCUAUGCAUCCACUACCCUCUCAGUAAAGUAAUACUUCCGGAUAUUUUUUUUUCUCCUCCUUUACUGUGUUGCUUCACUUUAUUUAUUUAAAUGUUUCUACCUUAUCCCCCCUGUCUCGUCUUUCCUCCAAGCUAUACAUAUUAAGAUCCUUUAACCUUUCAUGGUAAGUUUUAUCCUGCAAUCCAUGAACCAGUUUAGUAGCCCGUCUCUAAACUCUCUCUACAGUAUCAAUAUCCUUCUGGAGAUACGGUCUCCAGUACUGCGUACAAUACUCCCAAGUGAGGUCUCACCAGUGUUCUGUACAAUGGCAUGUGCACUUCCCUCUUUCUCCUGCUAAUACUUCUCCCAAUACAACCAAGCAUUCUGCUAGCAUUUCCUGCUGCUCUAUUACAUCGUCUGCCUACCUUUAAGUCAUCAGAAAUAAUCACCCCUAAAUCCCUUUCCUCAGGUAUUGAGGUUAGGACUAUCAAAUUUUCAGUACCCUUGGGAUAUUACGUACAAGAUGCAUUAUCUUGCACUUACCAACAUUAAAUGUCAGUUGUCACAACUCGGACCAUUUUUUUCUAGUUUACGUAAAUCAUUUGAUAUUUGGCUUAUCCCUCCUGGAACAUCAACCCUGUUACAUAUCUUAGUAUCAGCAAAAAGACAUACCUUACCAUCAAGACCUUCUGCAAUAUCCCUAAUAAAAAUAUUAAAAAGAAUGGGUCCAAGUACAGAUCCCUGAGGUACUGCCCUGGUGACAAGCCCAUGCUUCGUAUAUUCUCUAUUGACUACAACCCUCUGCCUGUAACUCAGCCACUGCUUUACUCAUUCAACAAUAUUGGAAUCCAAACUUAGAUUGCAGUUUAUUGAUAAGCUUUCUAUGUGCAGCAGUGCCAAAAGCCUUACUAAAAUCUAGGUAAGCAACGUCUACUGCACCACCAUGAUCUAUUAUUUUAGUUACCCAAUAAAAAAAAAAAUCAAUAAGAUUAGUUUAGCAUGAUCUCCCUGAAUUAAAGGACCACUCUAGGCACCCAGACCACUCCAGCUUAAUGAAGUGGUCUGGGUGCCAGGUCCAGCUAGGGUUAACCUUUUUUUUUAAUUUAUUUAUAUUUUAUAAACAUCGCAGUUUGAGAGAAACUGCUAUGUUUGUAAAUGGGUUAAUCCUUCCUCCAAUUCCUCUAGUGGCUCUCACUGACAGCCGCUAGAGGCGCUUGCGUGAUUCUCACUGUGAAAAUCGCAGUGAGAGCAUGCAAGUGUCCAUAGGAAAGCAUUGUAAAUGCUUUCUUAUGAGACCGGCUGAAUGCGCGCGUAGCUCGGCCGAAAGGGAGGAGGAUCGGAGGAGGAGGAGAGCUCCCCGCCAAUGCUGGAAAAAGGUACAUUUUAACCCCUUUCUUCUCCCCAGAGCCGGGUGGGGGCACCCUCAGGGCACUAUAGUGCCAGGAAAACGAGUGUUUUCCUGGCACUAUAGUGGUCCUUUAAACCCAAGUUGUCUCUGACGUUGAAAUCAAUGUGUUCUUAGAUGUUCAAAAUCCUAUCCUUUAACAUGCUUUCCAUUACUUUCCCCACUACUGAAGUACGGCUUGCUGGCCUAUAGUUGCCCGACUCCUCCCUAUUACCUUUCUUGUGAAUGGGCACAACAUUUACUAACUUCCAAUCUUCUGGGACUACUCCUGUUAACAAUGAUUGGUUAAAUAAAUCUGUUAAUGGUUUUGCUAGUACACCACUAAGCUCUUUUAAUAACUUUGGGUGUAUUCCAUCAGAUCCCAUUGACUUAUUUGUCUUUACUUUUGACAGUUGAAAUAUAACCUCUUCCUCUGUAAACUCACAUGUAACAAAUGACUCAGUACAAAGUUGAUGUUAUGUAUAAACUUAGUUUGUUUUCCCAUUUAUGCUUUAUUUUUAUUUUUUUGAUGAUUUGCUGUUUUCUUUAGUAAAACUGUUACUCUUUAUACCAGUGAUGGCGAACCUGUGGCACGCCGGGCCCUUUCUGUGGGCACGCGGCCAUAGGUUCGCCAUCAAUGCAGAGUAGGCACCUGCCUUUCCAAAACGGCAGAUGCCUACUCUGCUUCCGUGUCGGGAGGCAGGGGGAGGGAUCUGUGAAGCAGCUCCUCUGUCCUCCCUGGAGCAAGCUGUGUGGAGUGUUGCCAUGGUAACGGGCGGCAACGCUCCACGCAGCAUCGCGCGGGAGGACGGGAGCUGCUUCACAGAUGCAUCCUGACACGGAAGCAGUGCUUGCUGUUUUUUUUUUUUUUUGUUCUUUACCUCAGCCCCCUCCACACAGCAUCCCUCCCUACCCCCCUCAGACACACACACACACACACACACACACACAAUGCGGUCUGUGUGUGCGCGUGUAUUCGGCGGUCUGUGUGUGUGUGUUUGCGUGCGUGUUUGGCGGGCGCGGCGUGUGUAUUGCAUUUGGAGAUACUAAUAAAUCUAAGCUUAAUUUUAUCUAUUUGUAUCAUUAUUUAAAAAUUUUGUCCGAACUUGUUAAUUAGUUUGGACAACAGUACGAGUUUUUUUUUUUUUUUUCUCUAAACUUAAACCUCAGUAUUGAGGUUUAAUUGCCGUGUUGACACUUUAAGGAAAAAUAAGUUGGCAUGUAUUGCGGUUUGGGCACUCAGGCUCAAAAAGGUUCGUCAUCACUGCUUUAUACGCUGAUUUUUUUUUUUUUCAAUCUAUUGGAAUGUGUCAAAACCAUACCCACACACUUUAACAUUUGAAAACGUAUUUAUGCUAAUUUAGUUUUUGCACAAAAUACAGAUGAGUCCUGUUACUAAGGGCAAUAAAACUAAUUUGCAGUAUGACUUAUUUUUAUUUGUUAAAGUAAGAUUGUGAAAACUGCUUAAAUAGCUCAGAUAACAGCCAUUCGGUGGCAGGAGCAAUUGAGAUGUUAAAAGGAAAGGUGCAUUUAUGAACACUUUGUAUGUGUGGACUCUCAAUUUGUUUACAAAACAAAAUGAGGCAGAAACAUAAACUGACAAGAGGUGCAGUGAGGAUUAUUUGCACAAAUGGAAAACGUGAAAGAGAAAUCUCUAAUAUGGAUGCAACACUUCUUGUAUAUACCCCAAAUAUAUUUAGCAAACAUAUUCUCAAUGAUUUCCUAUGGACGCUGGCAUCUUCUCACUGUGAAAAUCACAGUGAGAUGGACGGAAGCACCUCUAGCGGCUGUUAAUGAGACAGCCAGUAGAGGCUGGAUUAACCCAUAUGUAAACAUAGCAGUUUCUCUGAAACUGUUUACAGCAGGCAGGGUUAAUCCUAGAUGGACCUGGCAACCAGACCACUUCAUUGAGCUGAAGUGGUCUGGGUGCCUAUAGUGGCCCUUUAACCCAUACUCACACAAACUGACACACUCUGACCCACAUACUGCAUAUGUAUGGUCCAGCAUUCUGUGUGCAGCUUGUUCCCUUCACUUCUAUUUUCUCCAAGCACAGUGAUGGCUUCCUGGAAAUAACAUUAUGCUGUAUACUGACUGCCUUCAACUCUGUGCGUUGCGAGGAGCAACUUCCUUAUACGUGGUAGCCUACUGAGGUGCCAUCCCUCCAACAGCUCCAACCUCACCACCUCCAGGCAGCCCUGCUGCUUUCAUGCAGUAGGGAUAAAAGAACAGGUAACUUCCCUCUUAGUGGUGAAUAGGAGCGCACUUGCAUGUUUCAGAGGCUUUGCCAUUCCAUGAUACCUUGGGUGCAAUUAUGCAUACUCUGGCAUCUAAUAGAGACAUUGUGUUCUCAGAACUUUCCGUUUCUCACCCUUCCUAUUUAAAGGGAUACUAUAGGCACCAAAACUGCUUUAGCUUAAAGGGACCAUCUAGUAGACAGCCACUAGAGGAGGAGUUAACUCUGCAAGGUAAACAUUGCAGUUUAUGAAGACUGCAAUAUUUACAGUUAAGGGUAGUGGGAGUUGGCACUCAGACCACUCCAAUGGGCAGAAGUGGUCUGGGUGCCUGGAGUGUCCCUUUAAUGAAACUGUUGUGUAAAGAUCAAAAUCCUGCAGUCUCAUUGCUCAGUUCUCUGCCAUUUUAGGUGUUGAAUCACUUUGUUUAUACAGCCCUAGUCACAGCUCCCUCCUGGUGACUUACACAGCCUUCCAAACACUUCCGGUAAAGAGCGAGAUAAUGUUUAACCUCUUAAGGACCAAACUUCUGGAAUAAAAGGGAAUCAUGACAUGUCAUGUGUCCUUAAGGGAUUAAACUUCCUUUAUACCAUAUUCUGUUAACUGCAAAAGCAAGUUAAAAUGACACUAUAGACACCCACACUUCGGCACAUUGAAAUGGUCGGGGUGCAAACUCCCAUCACCCUUAACCCUGCAGUGGUAAUUACUGUAGUUUUUAUAAACUGCAAUAAUUACCUCUGAUGGUUAACUCUCCUCUAGUGGCUGUCUACUUUAGGGACUUCCGGAAUUGAAACUGACUUUUGGUCCGUUAUCUGAAGCUGGAGGUCCUCACGCUCUGCAUGAGGACUUCCAGCAUUAUAUUUUCUCCAUAGGAAAGCAUUAAAUAGUGCCGUGGGUGGGGGCCUUGACAGAGGGGAAAUCUAUAGUGCCUAGCACUAUAGUUUUCCUUUAACAUCUGAUUGAAAAUGAAACUUUUUUUUCUCUUUUCUUUUUCCGCAGGCUGUCUGUCAAUGGAGGUGUGGCUAGGGCUGAAUAAACAGUGAUUUCAAUCCUAAAUGGCAGAGAAUUGAGCAGGGGGGUGUGGGGAGAGGUUGCUGCACACAAAGUGGGGAGGUCACCUAUGAGAGUCUUUUCAAGCAAUUUAGAACUUGUGAAGAUCCAGAUCUUGUACUCUGUACAAAAUCCACCAUUUUAGAUAUUUUCUAGAUUGUUUUUUAUUUAUGGAAGCUAAAUUAGACAUAUCAGUUUCGUUUUCAAACAGUUGAUUUACUGGGCCCAUAUAACUUUUAAACAAUAGUAACCCCAAGUUACCUCAGUCAUAACAUAUUUGUUUAGACAGAGCUUCCGGCUCUCUAUUGUACUGGAGGUGGGGAGUGGCGGACCCUAGGUAAGAAGUCAAACCAUUAAAAAAAUAAAACCAGCAUUUCGCUGAUACCAUUAUUUCCUUAGCUUGUUAUAGCCUUCUCAAUUUAUAUCCAUAAUAAUAAAAGCUUUUUUUACACACUAAACUAAAUUGUGCAAUACACAAGGAGGUAUUGUCUAGUCCUCAUCCCUCCCCCACAAUUUCUGCGUUGUAAUGCAUAAUAUUGUUUAGGUCUAACCUCUUUAUGUAAUGGUGGAGAAUGGGCUUUUCUAAAAUAGUGAACUGAACAUGGCAAAAAACUGUCAUUGUUUGGCAUAACCUGAAACAUCGUUUGUGUAAUGGUAACUGCGUUGUGCUUCUUUUUUGUUCUUCAAAACCACUUAUGUUUAACUUGCACAUAUGCUUGGCUGUCUUAUAUCGGGCAACAAUUUUAACACCUUAGCGCUCGGUGCCUACUACAUAAUUGAAAGAACACCUGUGUGCAAUUGCGCUCAUACAUGUUAUGCUUUGUCCUAUACCUAUAACAUUGUGGGUUAAACCUUUUACAUGGAAGUUUGUCUAUUCUACCACCAGUUUUAAAGGGACACUAUAGUCAGUAAAACAACUUUAGCUUAAAGGGAUACUCCAAGCACCCGGACCACUUCUGCCCUUUGGAGUGGUCUGGGUGCCAACUCCCACUACCUUUUAACCCUGCAAGUGUAAUUAUUGCAGAUUUCAUAAACUGCAAUAUUUACCUUCCAGGGUUAAGUCCUCCUCUAGUGGCUGUCUACUACACAGCCACUAGAGGGACUUCUGUGUUCAUAGAACACAAAGUUUUAAGCGGUGCUGGACGUCCUCACGCUAUGUGAGAACCUCCAGCGUUGUCGAAAUCCCCAUAGGAAAGCUUUGAAUAAGUCACCCCCUUCAGCAACUUGGGAUGGAGAGGGUCCUGCAGUGCCAGGACAAUAGAAAUAUAUUUUCCUGGCACUGGAGAAUCCCUUUAAUGAAGCAGUUUUAGUGUGUAGAUCAUGACACUGCAGUCUCACCGCUCCAUUCUCUGCCAUUUAGAAGUUACAUCACUUUGUUUAUGCAGCCCUAUGCACACCUCCCUACAUGUCACUUGAUCUUCCUGUAAAUUCUGUUUAGACUUUAUCUCCUGUUCUGAUCGCUUGCUAGAUCCUGCAGGAGCCUCCUGUAUCUAACGGAUGUUCAAUUUACUUCUAACUGGCAGUGAAUUCAGCAGUGCAAAUUCAGGGGCAUGAUCUAUACACCAAAACUGCUCCAUUAAGCUAAAGUUGGUUUGGUGACUAUAGUCUUCCUUUAAGUACUUCACAUCAUUUACUGGAAUAAUAAGGAACACACUUCAUCUUCACUUAGUAGUUUCUCACAAUGAUUUUUAAAAAAUAGAAAACCUUAGCAGUAACAAAGAUGCCUCUGGUUGUCAGGCUGCCAGCCACUUGAGGGGCUUCCUCCUUACAUCCUCUUUUCAUUUUUUAGUUUUUGUUCCGAGUAUUUCAUGUUUUGUGUCUUCAUGCAAACUGUGAAUAUAGAUAGGAGAAAGGCAAAAAAGAUAUUUUAAGGAGACAACCAUCUUUUUGUGAUUGUGCAGAGCUGGCUCUGGUGACUGGUUUCUCUCUUGCCGCUGCACAAUAAUGCCCUGUUUCUGUCAUUAGUGGACUAGUUUGAAACUGAGAUAAGUAGGUAAGAGGGAUGGGAGGCUGAAGAAACUUCCCUAGCUGUUUUCAUUAAGGAUAUAAACCUUUAAAUGCUUAUCAAAGUGUUUUCAUUUUUUUAUAUGCAUGUAUCUAUCAUGUCCCUUUAAUAAAAUGACAUUUUGAGUAACUGGUGGUUUGACAAUGUACACAUUGCAAUGCCAUCGUAAUUCAAUUGGUUUUGACUACAGAUAACAUUCAAAACAUUUUUUCCUUGCUCUGUACAUAUGGCCUCUCCCUUAUUGCUCUCCUCUAUUCAAUUAUGGGAUUGUUGGGUACUUAUGAACCAGUUAUUACCUCCAAGUGUGUGGGUAUAUAUAUAUAUAUAUAUAUAUAUAUAUAUAUAUAUUAUAUUAUAUUUCUGGUUCCUUGGCCUAAUCUUCUUAAAAGUAUGCAGUUCUCCGCCCUAAAUAAUUUGAACAUAUCCAGAGUAGUAGAUAUGAAUAGAUUCAGAGAAACUCUUGCAAUGUGUUUAAAAUGCAGAUCUGAUUGGGCUGCCAACUUAACUCCAACUCCAAGGGAACCUAAAAAUAAUUUUACAGUAGUAAUUGCAUAUAUACAUUCUACUACCAAACUCUCAAAUUUGAAUGGUAAGUACAGAUUAUUGCCUAGUAGACCUGAUUGUUAAAUAAUACAUACCUGUGCUGUUUUUUUUUAAAUUCUAAAGGCCUUCAUUGUGUAUUUUGUUCAUUCACCUGUAAGGUUUCACUAUAAUGCAAACUGUUGUAAAUCUCUUCCAUCUGUGUACCCUUCUCUUACACAUAAUUCUGUCUGAACAUUUAAUUAUCCAGGUCUUUUCUUUAAAAAAAAAAAAAAAAAAAAGCUUUGCAGAGCUUGUAAAAUAACUUUAAAAUCAGGAGGAAGCUACCAUGAUUGACAAAGGAGCCAAUGUUGUAGUUAGAAGGGCAACUUUUAGCACCAUAAUGACUAUAUCAGCGAAGUCCUUAAGAUGUCGGGGGUACCUGGGUGACAUCUUGCCUUGUGUGACUAAACCAUUUUGAACUGGUCCUCACGGAUCUCCAGCAUCAGAUUUUCCCCAUUGAAAAGCAUUGAAUAACUGUUUCCUAUGGGGAGGUGUAAUGCGCGUGGCCACUGCCACGUAUGCACAUUAAGACUCUCCCUGUAGGCUGAUGGUGGGUGAAGAGGUGGGGCUUGACCCAGCGCCGAGGGACAACGGCACUGGAUUUGGGUAAGUGACUGAGUUUUAACCCCUUCAGCCCUGUGGGGUUGGGGGGGACCUAAUAACCCUACAGUGCCAGGAAAACUGCUUUGUUUUCCUGGCACUAUAGGAUCCCUUUAACCCCAAAGUCCUCUUGAAGUUGCCUGCCCAGUUGGCUACACUUCCUCAUCAAACUACAAUACCGAUGACUUAUCUUGGGUCCCGGUGAUAGGCAGAGUGUCUGGUGAUGCUCUCAGCUUGUCACUGGCCUCCACUUGAGAAAUAAAAACACUGUAUAUAUUUUUUUUUUUUCCCCUUAAAGCUUUUGUCACUGUGGAUUAUGGCACUUAUAAGUGGGGGUAUGAUAUUAAAUACAUGCAGAAACACAUUUGUGGAUAUAAAAACAAAAUUGUUGAUAUUAAGGUCCUUUCUAAAUACUUUUUAUGGUGCAUACAAGGUCAUCCAUUACAAAAAUUUUUUAUUUAUUUUUUAAAUAUAUAUUAUUGAUCAUGUAUACCCAUAGAAGAGACAGGUAAAUAUGUACCAUAAUAUCAACUAACUUUAAGCACUACACAUUGUGUAGUGAUGUUUAGGUAUGUAUACAUAGGCUCACUAUGGUGCAGUGCAACAGGUUUUUGGGGGGAUGAGGGGGGGGGGGAAUUCCUGUAAUUAAAAUAAUUAAAAAUAUGUUCAAUAAGUUAUAUUGUACAGGCAUAACUGGCAAUUCAGACAUUACUGGGCUGAGUCAGAAUGCAAACCUGCUGUGCAUAUUGUGUACUUUCUGCACAGCUUCUGCAACCGAUAUUCUGUCUAUUUAGGCAUUGCAUGUGCAUAAUAGUACAACCUGGUGCAGAAGCAAUAUAAGUGGGAAGGGGUGGAGUUCAGGUAAUGUGUCCUAGCACCUGAAGCUCUAACUCAUCGCAUCAUAGUUUAUUUUAAGUUUACUUUUAAAUAUCGUUUUCAGCAAUCCGGAGAGUAAACUAUGCAGGUUGGGAGAGUACGUUACCCAAAAACAUUGAUCUGUUCAUCCAGUUUAGAAUGCAGAUAGAUAUGUUGUGAUUCAAGUUAAGCUUGCUACCUCUCCUCCUGGCAUCUAGUUCUGUUUAGCAUGGUUGUUGUGUUGGCUUGUUUUCAUGGUAUUUAGUGGGUAUUGCUUUACUGCCCCAUGUAGAAUGGAAUAUUUCUUCAGAAUACAACAUACAAAUUGGUUUUCACACUAAGCCCAACAUUGUAGGAAUGUUAUUUUAUUUAUAUAAAAAGCCUUCUAAUUCGGUACUCAGCCAGUUCCAUAUACGCAAUGAUAAAGGGAUAGACUGUUAAAGUACACAGGGUAAUUCACAAAACUCAUGAUUUUUGCAAAAUGGCAAAGUCUUGUGACUGUAGCAUAGUUGGCAAUAUUUUCUGACUAUUUUACGUUUGUUCCAGAGUAAAUUUGUGAAAUUACACUGACUGCAUAUGGUGUAUUUAUUGUUUAAAGCACAUGCAUUUGUUUAUCUUGCAUAAUAAACGUUUAGUGUUUAAGCACAUGCACUUUUUUCUGCAGUGCACUUGAAGAUUGUGGUUCAUUGGAUACAUAGUGAAUUUAGAGGCAUGGCGCACUUUUUUUUUUUCUCUCUCUCUCUCUUCAGUGUCUGUACAAUGUGUAACCAUGCUUGGAGCACUGGCUUGACUGCUGCUAAGUCACACUCUGUUCUUCACUUCCCGUGUUUAGUUUUUUUAGGCCUUUUUUCUUCAGGGAAGAAAGUUGUUUCCCAAUUGUGAAGCAAAGUUCCUGGAUAAGUGGUGGUAGGUGUUGGUGGUCAAUACCUCCAGCAGCUGCAGACCACUAUAAUUGCUCCUUCUGGUCAGUGCUUUGUAAUGAGUUUGUGCAGGCACAAAUUUAAAUUCACAAAAUAUCACCCGAGAUCCCUAGAGUGUGGUGGGGAAGAAUCUCAAGUCCUGGUGUUUAGAAAGUGAAUUACGUGGAUGGAACUUGUUUAUUAGGUCCAGUAGGGAAAGGCUGAUUAGCAGUAUAAAGUAACCAUUUAUGAGAGACCAUCCAGGCUUUAUUGUGCAUUGCGUAAAGAAGACCCACAAGGUUACACAUUCAUUAACUGUUAAUCGAGGGACAAUUUUUAGAUCCAAACGUUAUCAUCCUCCCUGUCCAUAUGGGAUUGUAACCAAAAGAUAAAAUCAACACCUACCAAUUAGAAAUUCAAUGCUAAAAGGAGAAUAGAUAAAAUGAUAUAAUUGGAUGUGCUUAAAAUAGUAUCCACACUCAUGGACAGAGGGGAAAAAAAGGAAUAUCCACUAAACUAUCAAUUUGACUGACUUAGAAGUGCAUACAUAGAAGUGUAUAGAAAUUAGAUGAAGCUUAGAGCAAAUGACUUGGGAAGUAUUUGUAAAAGUAAUAGCCACAAUGGUUUAAAACUUAUGCGAAACCAUGUAGAAGUUUUCAAUUAGAGGUUCAAUCUGCAUAUAAGAAAGUAUGAGCCCAGAGCAUGACUAUCAGUCCAAUUCUUAUCACUCCUAAGUUCCUAUAAAGUAGGAUGAUGAACAAAGGAUAGUAUAGUGAAGAGGAUAGAUUUAAGAUGGCUUGUAGUAGUAAUAUGCUUAUAUGCAUACAAAUGUAAAUUUGCCUUACAAAAAAUUUAAAUGUCUUUUUUGAAGAGACAUUUUUGUUCUGAAAGAUGUAUUUAUAUACAUGGCUUUUUUUGUUUGUUUUUCCAGGAACUGAAUGACUUGGCUCGUGAUCCUCCUGCUCAGUGUUCUGCAGGUCCUGUUGGAGAUGAUAGUAAGUUAUCUUACAAAUCUCCCCCCCCACCCACCCUUCUAAGCUUAUUGUAUAAAUUGCACACCUUUUCAUCCUCUUCCAUAGAACCUUAAUUUAAAAAAAAUAAAACGUUUUUGUUAUCCUGUUUCAAGCUGUCACUAUGGUGCCAAUGGGUCUGUUGGCAGCUUUAUCUUUCUACUAGUGAUGUGGUAUGGCUAGCCUUCAAACAUAUAUCUGCAUUUAUAUUCUGUACGAACUGCCUCUUGACAAGCUUUAAAGGAGCAUUUAUGAUGUUAAACAUACACCUUAUCUAUUUAGAUGUUUAACUUAUCUGCACCUGUAUGGCUGUGCUCGCAGCUCCUCCUCUAGCUAUGGUCAUUAUGGAUGCCAAUCUAAUGUUUUCCCAUAGAUAUGCAAUUGAGUCUGCCUUGGAUGUACUGUGCCAAUCAACAUCUCUUCACAGGGAGACUUUAUACUAAAUCUAUAGUGAGGGCAUUUUGCUUUAUGCAUAACAUGUAUAUGCUGAAUUCUGGACAUGCAAAGAUUGCAGGCCUGUAACAUGAAGCACAUCCUAGUAGCUGUCUGUGUGACAGCCCAUUGAGGUCUUUAGGGACAACUGUUAACCAUGAAUUUCCACUAAAGAGGCACUGUCUAGACUUGUCAGACUGUAGAAAUGGUCGUUUAACACCCAACCCACAGCACUAGAGGGUUCUCCAAGCAUAAAACCACUUUAAAAAUGGUUUACCCCAUUAGAAACAGUUUGCCCUCUUACAUGGAUUUCUAGCUGGAGCCUGCUCUACAGUGAGGCAGUUAAAGUGCAUCCAGCUGCUGCAGACGCCGUAUGAUGUUUCUGUUGGUCAUUUACUGAACCCGAUCAACCAAUAAGUGACCCUCUAUGCAUGAAUGCACAUCAUUGAGGCGUAGUUCCGGGCCUGAUAAUUACUGAUGAUGCUGCUGCAUGUGGAGUUACACCUCCGGCAGCAAAAUAAAGCCUCUUGUGGAGUUUUAUUUUUUAUUUCUUUUUUCUUUACUUAUUUAUUUCUCCCUAUUGCCACAUGUUGUGUGCAGAACUAAUCAAAUGAUAGUUGAUUGUCUAUUUUUGAUUAGUUGUUGUAAAUCUGGAUGGCAAUAGUGGACUAUUCGCUUUGCUAAUAUCCCCGAAUACAGAAUUUCUCACACACAAAAAACCCACAUAAAAGAUGUCUUUAAUUUACAUGGUGAGUAUUUUGCAUUAGUUAACAGAAAAUCCAGAAUUUACUGCUGCUUUAAAAUAUUUAAUCGUGGAUUUUAUUUUUUGCAGUGUUUCAUUGGCAAGCAACCAUUAUGGGACCUGUAAGUAUGAUUUUAAUGUAACAAAUUAUUAAAUUAAGUACCCUGUUCAUGUUUAUUCGGGAAUGCAUGGAACAUUAUUGCAAGGGAGUGGGGGGGGGGGUCUAUUUGCUUUUCAGGUUUUAGGAGUGUCACAAUUCAAAACUAUUCAAAUUCUACCCAUAUUGGCAUACUUGGGCUUUAGGGUUUAGCAGAUUCAAUUAUACGUAUUCAGUGUCAUCAAGGUUUUUAAAAUCGUUGGCCCUUGCAAAAUGAAUAUGCAUAUACAUUUUGUAUUAACACAUUCACUUGUGAUUAUUAUUAAAUCCCUCAAUCUGUGUUUUGGAUGCACUGGAAAGUAAUACUUAACUACUCCAACCACCAUGACAACUUUAGUGAUUUGAAAUUCUGCACAUUCAGAAAUCUGGAUGCCAGAUAAUUACCAUACACCCUUAUUUGCAAUUAAAAUUAUUUCUCUGUUACCAGAACAAACCAGUCACAGAUUUAAUGCAUCUCUGAGGAGAUGUUGAUUGGUGCAUUAAUGUUCAUAAUUAUAAGUCUUAUAAAAUACAGAAUUUGAUUAAUUAUCUGUCAGGCUAUAGUGUCUUUAAAGGGGAAAAAUCAUAUUUUAUUUACCACUAUGAAAGGAGCACUCGGCACAUAACUUAAUUUGAAUAAAGUUAUGGUGCCAGUAGGUCCCUUGCCUGGCUUACUUUCAGUGGUUAAACAGUUAACCCCAAAUUCUUAAUUUGGCUUCCAGUCAGCUCUAUUCCGAAACUUUCGUUGCAGACCAAUGUUUUUGCCAGUAAACCUCAAACAAGGAAGAUGCUCGUAGGCUUAGUGUCAGCUGCUCUUAAUCUCUAAGGCUCUCUCACUGUCAAUAGUAAACUCCUAUCAGCCUGAUUGAAGCAUUGUGGGCAGACCGGUGCCAUACUGAUGUUGUUAUGGAACACAGGGUCCCUUUAAAAUGUAACUGAAACAUUUACUAGUGGGAUUAAUAUAGUGGAGGCAAAUCUAUAAACACUUUCCUCAGUAGCAGUUCAAGUUGUGAGUGUACUUAUCUGCUUGGUAAAAGUACUCAUAUGAGUAAUUUGCAUGUUCAAGCAUUCCUUUGAUAUAUUGCAUUUGGUGAGUUAAGGUCCUCUGUGUUUUUGCAUGCAAAGAUGUACCAGGCAAAUCAUCAACAUUUUAUAUUCUUUUAUACACACACCUCUAGGCAAGGGCUAAGUCACUCCAGGUGUUGUGGAUUGUAUAUAUCAUAAUGCUGGCAAAGCAUCAUAGGUAAUGUAGUCCACAAGAUCUUCACUGCUGAAGGUUGCCUACCCCACUAUAAGCACUUGAGUGCAAUAUAUAAAAGGGUUAUCUGUGUGCAAAAUGUGGACACUUUUUCUGAAGGAACACUUAUCGCUUUGAAUAUGUAUAACUAAAUCUAUGCAUUAUUGUAAUAGAAUAGUAUAUUUUAUUUUUAACAGAAUGACAGUCCAUAUCAAGGCGGUGUGUUCUUCUUGACCAUUCAUUUCCCCACAGACUACCCAUUCAAACCUCCAAAAGUAAGUAUUUGUAAAGGCUUAUUUAGUGUAACGUAGAACUACAUUACUUAUUCAGUGACAAGGCAGUGUUUACAUUUGUUAUUGCAGGACCAUAAUGGGAAGCACCUAAAGUGACUGCUACUAGAGGUGUCCUCAACUUUUCAGAACCAGCAUUUUUGUCCUCAAACGCAGCAUGAAGACACAGAUUUCUCUUCAUAGAGAAGCAUUGCUAUAAUGCAUCUUUAUGAGGUGAUGCUGAUUAGCACAGCAUGUUUAUAAUUAUGAAACUAUUGUCUGGCAGAUAAUGGGCAGUGCAAGUUGUCUGUUUCUUUGCAUAACAUUUUUGUUAAGGGACACUAUAGUCAAUAGAACAAAUACAGCUUAUUGUAUUCUGGUGAGUAGAAUCAUGCCCUUCAGGUCUUUUGCUGUAAACGCAGUCUUUUCAGAGAAAAUGCAGUGUUUACAUUACAGCCUAGUGAUAACUCCACUGGCGGCCACUCAGAUGGCUAUUUUAGGUGCUUCCUUGGGCAGUACUGCCAUUCAGUGUCUCCACCCUCUGCGUGCAGACACUGUCAGUGUCUAUUAGGAGAUGCUGAUUGGCCAGGGCUGUGUUUGACUUGUGCUGGCUCUGCCCCUGAUUUGCCUUCUUGACAGUCUCAGCCAAUCCUAUGGGGAAGCAUUGUGAUUGGCUCAGACCACCACUUCUAAUGUCAGCUGGUCAGUGUCAGAGGCAGCAGCUGCAGACUUGAAUACAAGUAAGAUUUUACCAUAUUGGGGGUAGGGUGACUAGAUGGUGGUUUUGACACUAGGGUCAGGAAUAAAUGUUUGUGUUCUUGACCCUAUAGUGUUCCUUUAAAAUAACUGUUUGCAACAGAUCCACACUUGUAAUCCUUAGUGCUUUUUUUUUCUCCCUAUAAAUUUAGGUUGCGUUUACAACGAGAAUCUACCAUCCAAAUAUUAACAGCAAUGGCAGCAUUUGUCUUGACAUUCUCAGAUCACAGUGGUCCCCAGCUUUAACUAUUUCUAAAGGUCAGUGGAAAUUCAAUUAUAAUAUUGAUUUAAAAAAGAGAGAAAUGCAAGUUUGCCUAAAUUUUAUUUAGGAUCCUUUUUAAAAAUGCAUUUUGCUGUAUGAAAAUUUUUUUAUAAUGCAUUGUGUGCUAGACUGGAAAAAUACAUUUUAUUUUUUGUGUGUAUAUAUUAAAAAAUAUUUAUGUAAACAUUUUUUUAUUAUAAAAUAAAAAUGCUCGUUCUUGGGAAAGCAGUAAUUCUAAAUAUUUGUAGAAUGCCAUGCCCACGGUAUAUAAUCCCGUAUAGUGUGUUUUGCCUAAAAGAAAAUGCUUGUAUUUGAAAGAACUUUGUAACCUGUGAAAAAUAACAUUUGUGCUCAAACCUUAACACUAGCAGUUAAAACAUAAUUCCAUGGCAGUCACUGAUCAUUAGACAUCCUUUUGAGUGAAUCACUUAUUGUGGACUAGGUAUUUAUCCUAUUCUGUUUUAAUGUAAAUAUAUGCAUCGAAAUGCAAACACAUUGUAAGUUGUAAAACUUUGUGAUGUUAUGCACUACAAUCCCUUUUACAAAGAAUUAUUAAAUACUUCUAAUUGAGCUGCAUUGGGAAGUCUGUGAUUGGACAGCCACAGAAUGUCUGGGCGGGGUUAGAAGGUGAGGGUUUGCAAAGACAGCAAACAAGAGAACUGCUGGAUUUGCAAACUGUCUUUAGAUUUAUGCCCAAUGAAAAAAAUACAUGCAUGCUUUCAUUUGGGGAUUUAUCUACUAAACAGUGAUAUUUAUUUUGUAUUUGGUCAGUGGAGUGUCCCUUUAAAACAAUCAAUUAACCUUUAUUAAGAACUGUUUUAUAUUCAUGUACACCACAACUGCAUUUGCAGGUGCAGUGAGCUUUUUCUGGCUUUUUUUUUAUUUUAAAUUGGUGACAUCAUUGGAAGAAACUCCAUUGAGUACUCGAACAAAGUUUGAGAGAUGCUGCUAUUUACUCAAUGUCCUCUAGCUGCAUAAUUAAUCAUCCACACGCGCAUUUCUUACAUUAACUGAAACAUAAAACAAAACAAGAUAAGGUUGCGCCUAAAAUAUACAAUAAAACAUAUAAAAAUUGUAUAUAAUAGUAUAAAAUAUAAAAAAUAUAAAUGAAUUGUAAAAUAAAUAGUUGGCAGUAGUCCAAAACACUUAUGACAAGUCCGUAAUGGUAGAUGCCACGUAUAAGAACAGGGAUUCUAAGACGUAGUGUGCUUGAAAUCCAGUAGAGCAUAUGUGGAGAGAAGACAAAAAGGAACUCCAAUGGCACAGUAAAUAGAUGAAUAAAAUAGUAUGUAAAAUAAGAAUAAUCUUACUCACACUUUUCAGAGCUAAAACCUAGCUCUGAUAUAGCGCACGUGAAGUGGAAUGAUCCCCACUUAAGGAUAUGCGGAGUAAUUUGAUUGACGAGUAUCUGGUUCAGGUUAGGCGUCCGAGUUGGUGUUAUUCGACCCAGGAAAGAAAAAUAAAAUAUAUAGUGCUCUCUGUAUAGUAGUUAAAAGGUAUAAAAAGUAUAUAAUAUACUACUCACAGUAUAUAGAGAAGACUUGUACCGCUCGGUGUAGGCGCUUGGGUGGUAUAAUCCCCACCUAAGGAUUCUUUAGACUUCUCGUCAGAUAGGCAGUAUAUGUAUAGUCAGGUGAAAGCAAAUAAAGAAAAUGGCUAUAAAAUAUCUUAUGCCAAACUUAAUUUCUUUAUUAUGAAGUAAUAAAAAUGAUAUCUAAACGCGUUUCGCCUAAAGGGGCUUCAAGUAGAUAGUAUUCUACAGUAUUUUUACUAUUAUCUACUUGAAGAAGCCCUUUAGGCGAAACGCGUUUAGAUAUCAUUUUUAUUACUUCAUAAUAAAGAAAUUAAGUUUGGCAUAAGAUAUUUUAUAGCCAUUUUCUUUAUUUGCUUUCACCUGACUAUACAUAUACUGCCUAUCUGACGAGAAGUCUAAAGAAUCCUUAGGUAGGGAUUAUACCACCCAAGCGCCUACACCGAGCGGUACAAGUCUUCUCUAUAUACUGUGAGUAGUAUAUUAUAUACUUUUUAUACCUUUUUAACUACUAUACAGAGAGCACUAUAUAUUUUUCUUUCCUGGGUUGAAUAACACCAACUCGGACGCCUAACCUGAACCAGAUACUCGUCAAUCAAAUUACUCCGCAUAUCCUUAAGUGUGGAUCAUUCCACUUCACGUGCGCUAUAUCAGAGCUAGGUUUUGGCUCUGAAAAGUGUGAGUAAGAUUAUUCUUAUUUUACAUACUAUUUUAUUCAUCUAUUUACUGUGCCAUUGGAGUUCCUUUUUGUCUUCUCUCCACAUAUGCUCUACUGGAUUUCAAGCACACUACGUCUUAGAAUCCCUGUUCUUAUACGUGGCAUCUACCAUUACGGACUUGUCAUAAGUGUUUUGGACUACUGCCAACUAUUUAUUUUACAAUUCAUUUAUAUUUUAUAUUAAAUUUUUACUAUUUUAUACUAUUUAUUAUAUCCUAUUUAUAUACAAUUUUUAUAUGUUGUAUAUUUUAGGCGCAACCUUAUCUUGUUUUGUUUUGUAUUUCUUACCAUUAGGGGACUCCCCUUUGAGGUUUGCAUCCUUCUACUACUAUUUUCUUGUGUGGCAGCCUAGCGCUGAUUUCUUCUUUUCCAUUAACUGAAACAUGUUUGGAGUGUACAAUUUUAUUUCCCAUAUCUUUCUCUUCUAGUUCUUUUGUCAAUUUGUUCACUGUUGUGUGACCCUAACCCAGAUGACCCCCUAGUGCCAGAGAUUGCACGGAUCUACAAAACAGAUAGGGAAAAGUAAGUAUGACUUUUCAAACUGUACUGCGUGGUAUCUGCACUAUUGAUUACUUAAUGUUUUAUUUGCUCUUGAGCAAACCUGUUGUGAUUACUAGCGGAAGAAUUAAUCUGUAAAUUCUCAGUUGUAUAGUGUUUUUUUUGUUUUUUUUAACUUGGCUGAAGGAAAAACCACUCUUAAUUUUAUGAUCUAUAUAAAUUCACCUUAUCUUCUUCUGCACACACACAGCUUGAAAGUCUUCUACGCUUUGGUGUGUUCAUGCAGUGUCUAUAAAUGAAGAUGGCUCAGACCAUAACACAUGUACAGAUUUUGCUGCUGUAAGAUUGUUAUUGCUACAACAUGAAAGACAAGCUCACUUCUGUUUAAAAUAAAUAAGCCUCCACGAACCACCAAUGUGUUAUGCAACUGUUGUCAAAUGUAUUGUCUUCAGUUGUGGAUCACAUGAAAUUGCUGGGAUUGAGCACCACUAGCUCACCAGUAUUUUCACCUGUAGAAAUAGGUUACAAUUUAAUGUAAAUUUAAUUGUUUUAUCUCAUGUAGCAUUCAAUGUAGGUUAUUCCAUGAAGCUUUACUAUUGGUACAGAAAUGAGGAAGUGUUCUCUGCUCAAACGAGCCUGUAAUUUAAUAUCAAGCCACUUGUGUUGAGCACGUCCAAAGGAUAUAUGUUUAAUUUAUUAGGUACAAUAGACUAGCAAGAGAAUGGACAGAGAAAUACGCAAUGCUGUAGGGUAAGAGUACUUGCACUUGAGUGGUGCAUGGGUUAGACACGUUUUGCUUGUGCAUCCACUGUUAGUGUAAUGAAGACGGUUUAUGCUUUUUUUUAUUUGUAUUUGUAUUUGUAUCAAUUCCACAGCUGCAUGACCAAAAGGAUGAUUAGUAAGACAAGAUUUUAAAACUCUGUAUUUGUACAACUUCUUAGGUUUCUGCAUAAAGUACACAAAAAAUACCAUAAUUGCAGUGUAAAAAGAAAGCUAUUGUAUUGCUUAUGAGGGGUGUGGUCUGUAGAAUGUACAUUUAAGUUCUGACCUCAUGUCACUGUAAUUUUGCCAAUAUUCGAACAUUUGUCAUUUCAAUACUUUAAAGGUCAGUCUUUGAUCAAAAGAACUAAAUCAUAAGGGGGGACAUUUGUCCUUUUGAGACAACUUUGCCUAUGAAUGAGUUUUAUUUUGCAGGCAAAAGGAGCAGAUAAAAAUAAUUUUUGUGUUUUUAACGUGUUGCAUUUAAACUAUUGAGCUUUAAUAUUCUAGAUCACAAAUCCCUUUUAAUUACCUAACAUAUGAAAUUAACUCUGUUAAGCCUUAACUCCAAUUGUCCUUGGCCACAUUUUAGUUAGUGUUACUUUACUGAACUGGUUGUAGUUCUGUAAUUGUCUCUUUCAUGCUCUGCAUUGGGGUUCGACCGAUUAUUAGUCUGGCCGAUAUUAUCGGCUGAAAUUUAUUUUCAGCGAUCUCCGUAUCAGCCAAUAAAGAUACAGAUAAUGCAGACCAGGGCUGCCAUCAGGGUCCUAGGGGGACCAGCACAUUCUUACUUACCUUCCCUUCAGCUCCCCUGUCUAGGAAUUACACAAUGUAAAAAUAAAUUAUUAAAACAUUUUUUUUUAAAUUAAAGUUACAAAAUUAAAAAUGCAUUUGUGUUUGUAGGUAUAUAUCACAACUAUCCCAUAAUGCAUUCACUACACACUAAAUUAACCUCACUGUGUGUCAGUGCCUGUAGGUGUUUGUACGACACUGUGCCAAGAAGAGUGAGAAGUUGAGCAAUUGAGGCGGGCACAGGGAAGGGUUUGAUUUUUUUUUUUUUUUUCUCUCCUAACAAUGUGUGUAUGUAUAUUUUCUUAGCAUAUAGUGACCAUACAAGUGGGAUGAAUUUUCUAGUGCUGGACUAGUAACCCUAUGAAGAAAAACCAUAGAAGUCUUUUUAACCCAACCUACUUAUUAAAUGCUUCCAUUUACAGUUACCAGAGUUCUUUGUCCUGCUGAUGGGACGGAUAACCCUUGGUUUGUUCCUAGGCUUGAGACACACUAGUUGUUGCUUAGGGAAGUCUGUCUGAUGAAACUGCGGGCUGCAGGACGCGUUCUUCAAACCUCAAGGAAUUGAGGAGUGCCCUUUCUGGCUGUUUUUAUGCUGAGAACUUCCAGUAAGGUAGGCGCUCCCGGGUGGCGCACCAUUAAAAAGACAGAUGCACAACCUGCACACAGCGGUGGGAUUUACUUCCUGCACGCCUUGCGUUCCACCAAAGUAGCCCACUCGUUAUUUCAAUUCUGGUGUGAAAUUUGAAGACUAUCUAAGCUGUGCUGACCUCUCUCAUGGCAAUGGUGCUGGUUAGGACAACUCCAGUGUUUCUAAUCCCCCAUACAGUUAUGUGGUCUUUAAUGUGAGAUUUUAGGUGUCUGCCUUAAUUCGUCUGGCAUUAAUUUUUUUUUUUUUUGAUUUUUCGUUUUUUUACAAUUUGUUCUAUAUUUACUUUUUCCAGAUGUCUAGUCCUGUUUUACCAGACAAACUGGAAAAUCUGAAAAUGCACACUCCUGCACCUAAGAAAGCUUCAUAUAAGUCUACACAUUAGCCUGUAGUAAGUGCAUUACUCCACUUCUAAAUGGAUGCAAGAAAGAUGUGCAAAUAAUGUUCUGCAGAAUUCUUGAAAAAAAUAGAAGCCAAUUUUAUUUUUUAUAUAGCUGGUUUCAAGAGAAUCUCUGGAUUCUGCCAAUGACUCUAAACUUAUCAAAUGUCAGUCUGUACCUGUCCAGAGAAACAGAUAUUCUCAUUCUGAUUUAUCUUCUGGUGAAUGCUAAUCUGUAGGUGAUAUAUCCAGCCGAGACUCAAGUGUGGUAUCAGGUUUUCCACCAGAAGAGCUAAAAAAAAAGCUUAGGUUGCAGCUAUUUUGCCAAAAGGUGAAACUUCUAAGAAAAAAGUCCAUUGGCUGCUCUGAGCGAGUCUUACAUCAUCCUGUAUCUAGAAGAUUAGUUCCUCCAUGGCCGAAAGAGUCAACUAUGGAACAAAAUUCAAACCGUGAUACAGCUACUACAAGAGCAUUGCUUGGGUCAUAACCGGGAGAAAUCUCAACUUUCUACUUCUACAAAGAUUCCGUACAAAAUCACUUCCUCCAUUCCUGCAGUAAAGUGGGCAAAGCAGAGCUGAGACUUCUUUAAUGGGAAAUUUGUUUUGAGGAAAUGGUCAAGAGAAGAUCUAGAUGCAGAAUGCAGUCUGGCCAUACACAAAGAAACUGAACUUAAGUGUUAAAGGAACUCUAUUUUCUGUCCCUAUUAUUCUUUCAGGCCAAGGGAAUGACCCGUUAUUACAACAGACUCCUCAAAGUUGCUGCUGCGGUGUACACCUGUACCCACAACCGCGCAUUUGGUCUGCAGAGGAGGUAGCACAAUCCUCCAAUUACAGAGAGAGGAAAGACCUCUUUAAAAGCGCUUUUACAAUUCAAGCCGUGGAUUGCGAAGUCUGGAUUCAGUCCGACAUCACAAGUGACCUAUCUGAACAGACAAGGUGGAACAAGAGUCUCCUCUGUUGAGGAGGAAGUUGGACUAUAUUGCAGAAACACAUUAAGGAAGUGGACACAAUCCGAAGGUUCCCUACACCCAAAGGUAUUUGCUAUACUAGUAAGGAAGUUUGGUCUGCCUGAUAUAGAUCUCAUGGCAACAAGGAUGAACAGGAACAUUCCAGUGUUGGUCUUCCUUUACAGACAAGAUUUCCCUCAAUUCUUAGAUGGCCUAUCAAUCAGAUGUAACGUUAAGAUUUCAUGUUUUGCCUCCCUUUGCCCUGAUAUUUUGGAUCUUUUGGAAGAUAACACCGCUAUGUUUUUGGCCUUGUUCAAUAUUUGCCAAACCUAGCUGAUUUUUAGAAUUGAGACAGGUGACCCUAGCAUCUUUGGAACAUCAGACCCUUUUCUAGAGAACAAGGAACUUCUGAAAGACACCCUUCUGAUCAGAUUGACAGCCUGGCUUCUACAAGGCUGAUACUUGGAGAUCAAGGGUUUUAGGAAUACAUGAUAGACAUUAAUUCUACAAGUAGAUCUACAUCCAAGGUUUGAGAAAGUGGAAAAUAUUUUUCAUCUGGGAUGACUGCCUGAAUAUCACUACUGGUAUUAAAACCAUUCUGCGUUUGCUUCAAGAUGGUUUUGCUGCUGGGACUUGGUUUCAGUGCUCAUCCAUUUCUUCUGGAUUUAGCCUCCCAUGUACUAAAGUGUUUUUUUUUUUUUUUUCUCCCUAUACUUCUCAGACUGCCUCCUCACACGCCCUUUAUUUGGGAUUUAUCAGUUGUGCACAUAGCUGUGAGUCUCCAUUUGAACCUGUGGAAGAAGCUUGUUUUAAGCGGUUAUCUUUCAAAAUGGCUUUUUGGUGGAGAUUACAUCUGCCAGGAUAGGUGAGAUUCAAGCAGUUUCCUCUUUAGAUUGUACAAUGUUUCACCAAGGCAAAGUGGUUUUCCACCUAAAACAGCCUAAAGUUCUUUAAAAAAAUUCAAUAUUAAUCAGCCACAUUUCCAACAUCUGGCUAAUUUCCUUCCUAACCAAAAGAAGAAAAAUGGUACAUCUGGAUGUCAAACACCUGAAAAUCUAUCUUCACCGCUCAGCUGCCAAAAAGACAUCUAAACCUACUAUUGCCAGAUGGCUGACAGAUUCUGUAAAGUUGGCAUAUAAUGUCUGUUCUCAUAUUACCUUUAAGUCAAGUUGCACUCCACCAGAUCCAUAAUCAUGGGCUAAAAGGGUGUAGAAUCUCCAGAAGUUAUCUGCAGAGCUGCAACAUUGUCAUUUAAUACUUUUACCAGGCAUUCCUCAGAAGCUGCAUUCCGGCGUAGGAUGCCUCAGAAUGUUGUCUUGAUUCAUCAACUUUAUUUUUUUUUUUUUUUCCUUCUUUGGGCUCUUGCUAUAUUAUAUCCCACUUGUACUGCCACUAUAUACUAGGAAAAAUAGAAAUUUUACUUACCAAAAAUUCCUUUUACUUAAUAUAAUGGCAGUUCAGUUCCCUCCUAGCUUUGUUAUUAAAGUUAUAUUUUUGCAGCAAUGAUGGUCUCUUUUUUUAUUUUUUAUUUAAUACCAUAAAAAGUAUAUAUUUAUCUGCUCUCCUACCUCCACAGACCCACAAUAACUCACCCCACACACACUGCUCCCCCCAUAUACACACACACUACUGCCCCUCUCUCACACUACAACCCCUAUUGCAGAAGAUCCCAGGAAAGUUGACAAACUGUUCUUAAACAGUUUUACUGCUUACUCUAGGAGGGUACCACGUCACUUCUGGCACCAUAACCACUACAGAAUGCUAUAGUGGUAUUGUUCUUGGAUUGUUUAAAAAAUUUACCAUUGCCCCUGACCUGGAAACAUUUCUGCUGAACAAGUGCCCAGUAUAUGCUGCAGCGCUGUUCAUAUAUACUAUUUAGAAAUUUGUUUUGGCUUGGGGCACCUUGGAAAAAUAUUGAAAUAUUAAGGGCACCUUGAGCCUAAAAAGAUUGGGAACCACUGGGUUAACUAUUUAAAAAAAAAAAAAUAUAUAUAUAUAUAUAUUUUUUUUUUUUAUUUUUUUUUUAUGCUACACUUGUCCAGGACUUCAAAGCAUCUAAAGCACAUUAGCUUGCUGAAAAGCUUUGUUUGAAGUCUUUUUUUUUAGAAAUGCCCUUUUAUAAAUUGACCUAGUUACAGCGCUAGCACUUGAGUGUCCCUUUAAUGAAAUUGAAUUUAUGGCAAGUAAAACUUCUGUUAUUACACACAUGAUAUAGUGUUGCACUUGCUCUUUUUUUUUUUUUUUGUAUGCAGGGAAUCAAUUUGUCAUUGUUUCCUGACUCUUGACAUCCUUUGCUCUUUUUUGUUUGCAAAUGUAAUGAGUGUACACAUUUUCUCAUGCACGGCUAGUUCUUUCAUGGGAGCGAGAGGCUGAAGAAACUCCCCUAGGUGAGGGGAUGUAGCAAUGUAAAAAACUUAUAAACUUUCCUUGCUCUAUUUUAGCUUGUGUAUCUGUUUGCUGGUUUAAAAAAUGGUGCAUGUCCCUUUAACUGCCCCUUUACCAUUGUCAAUGAAGUCUGCUGUAUGCGAGAAAUGGUUAUUUUCCUUUUUUUUUUUUUUUUCUUCCCCAAUAGAUUUUAUUUUUUUUUUUAAAUAGAAAACUGUUCUAAGUGAAUGGGUUCCUAUGUCGGCCUGCCAGCUUGUGGAUGUGCAUUAUGUUGCACGUGAGCAGCCGCUAUUUCUAUGCUUCUGUAUAAGAAGCAUUUGACUGACUACAUGCUAAACAGCUGUGCAUGUGCCAUGUCCUCAAUGCAUCUGUAAGAGAAGUGGUCAAAUCGUGAUCAAGCUACAAGAAGUAGUUAGAAGAUUUAAGAGUAGGUAUAUCUGGCUACUGUUAGUAGGCAGUCUAAAUACUGGACCAACAUGGAUGAGCAUAAGUAAAGAACAGGCUCACUACAGGUUUAAAAAUAAGUCGAUGUGUUUUUUGUUUGUGUUUUUGUUUUUUCCUUCACCCUCCUUGUAGAGCUUCUCUCUUGAGAAAAUUAAUGACUGUUCACUAUUAAAGUCAGAUGAAAUUUACAUUUCUUUUUACAAAAGCACAGCUUUCGCUUGUGGAUUUUUAAAAUUUUCUUUUAAUGAUUUGGUGAGUCGUGUACUUGUAAGCAUUACUAUAGUUUUAUUUUUUUUUUAAACUGCAUGACUAAAUUGUAUUAAGUCUUUUGGAAUACCACUUACAUUCUUUUUCUUUAUAUUCAAGGUACAACAGAAUAGCCCGGGAAUGGACUCAGAAGUAUGCUAUGUGAUGCUUACCUUGAAGUCUAAAUAACCUGCAUUAUAGCUGGAAUAAACUUUAAAUUACUGUUUUCCCCCUCCCUUCCAGACCUCAUCUACUUACCUCCCCCUUACACAUUUUUUUUUUUUUUUUUGUCCCCCUCUCCUUCCCCCCCCACCUCCCCUCCCACCCCAAUUUUUGUGCUGCCUCCCUUCAUGCACAUGCUCUCAUGGGCAGACGUUUAGUUCAGCAUUUGGACACAAACUGCUCUAGACUGUCAAGUAGUUGCCAGAAUACAAUUGCCCAAGAUUCAUAAUCUUCAAAUGGAGCAUGUCUUGUGUGUGUGUGGCGCCAAGGUCUUCACUUUAAGUUGGUUAUGAGACUAAACCCAUCUUUCAUAUUUUACUGAAAUCGUGAAGAUUAGUGCUUUUGUUGGAGGGAGGGGGAAAUAUUUUAGGCCAUUUAAAAGAAAAAAAGAAAAAAAAACUCAACUGUCUAGCAUCGUAGGAUGCAGAAAUGCUAAAUUGUUAUGACUAUGUGGAUAUUUUGGUCAAACCUUCCAGUGUUAGACAUUUGAGAUUUCAUGAUGUACUUUAUGCUCAUAACUGAUGGUUUGGGUGGAGAGUUGGUGUUUAAAAUGUAUAGCAGCGGAACAGAAAACAAAUGUGAUGUAUUUUAUGCAUGUCAAUAAACAUGACAAAUUGGAAGGUGAUACCCCAUUUAAAUAGGAUCAAAAGAUUAUUUUUUUUUUUGUUUAAAUUUUUUUUUGAAGAUGAGCUAUUAGUUAAUCUAUCUUCCAAAACACUGUUAAUAUAGCACUGAAAUAAAUGAUGCAAGCGUCAAUGGAUGACUGAUCAACUAAUAGCUCUGUUAGAAUUUUUUUUUUCUUCAAUAAAGUUGCAUAAACCAAUGUGUUAGCUGCCUGACUUAAUCAAUGUUUGCAACAUUUUCUUUGUACAUUCAACAAAUUUGUGUGUAUAUAAAGUUUUGGAAUUUUGUUAUGUUUGAAAUCAAAUGAUGUAAAGUUCCAGAGAACAAACAUCUUUUCCGAUGUUCAUUUAAAGUUGAUCAGCUUAGUAAAUUCAGAAUCCAACAACUGUCUAGCAUGGACAGCAGUUCCAACAUCUAGUAUUGGACACAGGGCUGGGGAAAGUAAAGAGGCUUUACAGACUUGAAAGGAAGUUUUUAUUAGCUCAAGAUAUGAGACAUUAUUUGGGUCUGUCAUUUUGAUACAUCUGGUACACUCAGCAGAUUCAUUCUUGGAUAAUUUUGAGCCAUCCACAUGCUGCCCUACAGUCUGACUCUGAGGGCUGAUGGUUAACGUUCAUUUGGGCGUACUAACUCUACACAACCCAGUUCUGCUAGCUGUGACAUGUGGGAGUGUUGUCGUCGUAAAGCUUGUUUAAAGUGAUUAUUUUUAUUUUCCCUUUUAUGUGGGAUGUUCAUUAGAUUUGAAAGGCUAAUUUGCUCUGCUGUUUACAAAAACGUAUUUUAGUGCAAACAAAGUUUAAUCUCUAGGUGACUUAUCAUGAAUGAAUAAAGCAGUACUGUCAUUUUUUUUUUUUUUCAUUUCACAAUAAAAGCUGUCUGUGCCAUUUAGUUCUUCCCUUUUUGUUCAAUCGUGGACACCAACCUUCUCUGUGCUCACCAGUUUCUAUGCUUAUGGGGGGCAUUUGAAACAAUUUGUGAUAGAUCUUUGUGCCUGCAAAAGGUGAGUGUGGACCGCUUUUGGUUAGUAUCACUUUUUUUUUUUUUUUUCACAUAGAAUUUUAUUUUGCUAAAUAUGUAAACAAAAAUCACACCUGGAUGAGCUGCAAUGUUGUAGUUUGGUGUGCGGUGUUUUUUUUGUUUUGUUUUGUGGGAGCAAUGCUUCCCCCAAUGUGUAAAAAUGCCUUAAAUAUCUUUCCAUGGUGGCUUUUUUUUCUCCCAUAACUCAGUAUUGUUCAAAUAGCGAACACAUACAACUGUUUGUACAUCUUUUGAUUUGAUAUACAAAAAAGUUUAAUCUCCCACAUGCCUACUGCAGUCGGAUAAAAUAAAUUUUGAAUACAAUGAACUGAAACAAACUAGUAUUCUGCAAACAUAUUAAUGUACUAUUUAAUCUAAACAAAUACUAGAUGAAUGUGGUAUCAUGGCCUUUUGUAAAUCAAAUGUUUGCAAUCACAAUUAAACAAAUUCCCCUAUUUCUGACUGUGUCAAUUGAUAUAGCUCUAUAUUGUUGCGUUCCUUCUAGGUUCUAAGCAUGAUCUAGGUUGAUGAAAAUUAGUAAAUUUAUUUUGCUAUGGUCUAAGGAUCAGUUGGCAAUUUUUUUUUAUAUUUUUUACGUUAAGUCUUAUUAAAUUACAGUCUGUACAUAGAGAAAAUGUGCUUUUAUGUAGGAUAUUUUGGAUGCAGCCAUAAUAAAGACAUUCCAUAAUUUAAAAUCAAGCUUAUGCUUGCCUUACUAGGCAUGUUCUGUUCAUUGGUGUUUUUGUAGUAGAUUACGAUUUGUCUAAACAGAUGCAUAGCAAAUAAUUGUGGUUGGUGCAGUUUGUUACAUUGUGUACUAAAAGUGAG